AUGGGUCAAUUUUCCAACGCCAUCAAGGCCGGACAAACCGUCAUCGAGCUCGGCCGUAACGCUCAGGGCAUUGCUGGCGCUGCAUCCGAAUUCCGCAACGCAGACAAGGGCGAAAUGGGCCGUACCGCCGGCCGACACGCCUUCAACGAGGGUGCCGAGACGGGCAAGACGAUGGGCAAGACAUGGCUCAAGACGUUCGAAGUUAUUCCGCGCCUGGUUUGCCGCGGCCUGCAGUUCCUCUUUGCACUCAUCGCCUGCGGCUUUUACGGCAACCGCGUCCAAGCCGAGGACAAGGCCGACGAGGGCUUCUCACCAGAGUGGAUCCUCGCCAUCACCGUCGCCGGCGCUGCUGCCGUUUCGUCCGUCCUCUUCGUCCUGGCCACCCCGCUCAGCGCCAUCCCCUUCAUCGGCAGCAGGGUCAAACUGUUUAAGACGUACCGAGCCUUCGCCUGGGACCUGUUCCUCUUCAUCAUGUGGAUUGUCGUCUUCGGAAUCUUCGCGGGCAUCUUCCUGAAGAGGGACAGCGACGACAAGUACAAGGGCAGCAGCACGGGAGCCAUGAAGACUGCCGUGUGGGUGGAUCUGGUGAACGCCAUUUUCUGGCUGAUUUCUGGCGUCUACGGCUGCAUCAAGACUUUCCUGGGCGACAAGGUAGAUCAUUUGUCGGACAAGGCCGGCAAAAAACUGUUCGAGAAGAAGCAGAAGACGCCGCCCAAGGACGGCUACGCUGAGAGUGUGUAA